GCGACCAGCUUCAAACAGCGGCAGCAUAUUAUUAUCGCCCGGCCCUGAGCGAAGAGCUUCGAUCACUAUAAGCUGCUGUGUGCUUAGAGGGAGCUUCGGCUGUGGAUGGAGACAUACAGCAGCGUUUCAUUACUUCUUCAGAGAGAAAGAGGAUGCGAAAGAUGCAUUCAGUUUCCAGGGGAUCCAGCACUCUCAACGCUCCACUCACUUCUGAUUUAAAAGAAGAGAAAUGUAGGCAGCUCUGCGGCUUGCUGGGGAAUGUGAAACUGUCUCUUCUCUACAAAGCUUCUGUUCAUGGAUAUCAAGCUUCUGCCUUUCACCAGCGAUGUGACCAUCAGGGUCCCACCUUACUUGUAGCCUACAACCAUUCAGGCUACAUCUUUGGUGGAUACACCAGUGUAGAUUAUACUCAAAGUGGUCAGUAUAUUACAGAUGAGGAGGCUUUCCUGUUCAGCUUUCAGGGCAAGAUCCCUGUGUGUUUCAAAGUUAACACAGAAGAAAUGAAGCAAAGACUGACUUCAUAUGGCUUUGAAGUCACACUGACCUAA